AUGUCCACGUACGCCUACAGAGAGCGUGAGCGCGACCGCGACUAUGACAGCCGCAACGUCACCAUCAAACGUUACGUCAUACCAUCGGAGGACAGAGAAGAGCGCCGAGAAUUUAUGAUGACCCGAGACGAUGAUUACGGGAACCACGAGUUGAUCACUCGGCGCAAGACUGAACGCGAUGAGCCUUUCACGAUUUCACGAUACGAGAGAGACGUCGAGUACGAUAUGCCAGUUCGUCGUUAUGAGAGGGAAACUAUUGAACGUGAGUCGACCGAUUCCCAAGCUUCUUCUUCGUCCCUGGCUCCUUCCCACCACCGCCCCAGGCUAGUGGAAGAUCCUCCUGGAAGGCUCUAUGGACAACAUCUACGGCCCCCUAGUCCCAUUCAUCAACUCACACCUCGUCAUCAUCCAGCCCGAUAUGUUAGCCCGCGCCAUUCCGAGUUCGAAGUAGACGAGGAGUACUACCACCGCCGUGUUGAUGACCGCCAUUCUCGCCGGGAUGUAAGCCCAGGCGAUUCGGUCUCACAGGCUAGCCGUCGCCGUGGUCGAACUGACUACGGCAGCGACGACGAAUAUUACUAUCACGAAGAAACUCGUACAUACGAUGACGACCACCCCCAUCGUCGCCGCCACCUAGCGGAAGGUGCCUUGGUUGGUGCAGGUGCAGCAGAGCUUUUUCGUAGCCACCGCAAGCGUGAAGGUGAUGAAGUGAGCCAUGGCAUGAACCAUGCUAUGAAGACAGCUGGUGCUGGCGCAUUGGGUGCCGUAGCUGUCAAUGCUGCUUCACAUGUCCGCGACUACUACCGCAGCAAGAGUCGCAGUCGACACCGUGCUCGCUCAUUUGAUGAUGAACGUUCUUAUCGCCAUAGUCACCACAGCCAUGGCCGUCGCAGCCGAAGCCGCAGCCGAUCUCACUCUCAUUCCCGGGCCAAGACCCUCAUGGAGGUCGGCUUGGGUGCUGCAGCGAUCGCCGCCGGUGUUGCCGCUUUGCGAAGCAAGAAGACAUCGGAUGAGCAACGUCCCAGCCGCUCUCGAACCCGUUCUCGUUCUCGAGCUCGCAGCUCUACCCGCACUACUGAGAAAGAUAGCGCUAAAAGCGUGUCUGAUCGUAACAAGCACAUUGCGGGAGCUGGUCUAGCCGGGGCCGCUGUUGCAGGACUCGUUGAGCACCACCGAAGCAAAUCUCGCUCUCGCAAGGGUGAGCGCUCGCAUAGCCGACUCAGACAGGCGCUCCCUGUGCUUGCCGCUGGUCUAGGAACCGCCGCUGCUACCGGAAUUUGGGAGAAAAGGAAGGCCGAGAAAGAAGGAAAGGAGAGCAAAAGUCGCGGAACAAGCCGAUCCGGCAGAUCACGCAGCCGUGGAGCUCCUGAUGCCGCCUACCCUGAUCCUACCCGCGACUCUGCGGGUCUGAUCGAAUACGGAAGGGACCCCGUAACCGGUAGCAUUCCUGCUGAGCACUACUAUGGUGCCCCAGCCGGUGCUGAUGUUGCCUACUACUCCGAUGAGGGCCAAUACAACGGCCGUCGGAGCCGAAGCCGGAGCCGCAGCCGUGGUGUUCGUGACAAUGAUAGCUCUUCCGGCUCAGAGUCACGCCGUCGGCACAGAAAGCACCGUAGCCGCUCGCGGGACAUUGCGGGAGCCGCACUGGGUGCUGGGGGCCUAGGAUACGUUGCUCAUAAGUACUCCCAAUCUCGAGAGCGCAAGAAGGCCGAACAGGAAGAUGACAGGGCUCGGCAUAAUCAUGGCCCUCACAAUGAUCCAUACGAGGACAAUUAUGAUCCGUCCCCCUAUCCUCCUUCUUCUGGGAACCCCAAGUACCAAGAGCCUCCUGUGAAUUAUUAUCCCAACACCAAUCAAUUCCCCCCACCCCCAUCAACUACCAACUUGAAUGCUACUCCAUCGCCUAAUCCCCAUGGAUACAACAACCCUAAUUCAUACAACCCCGCGGACUACCCUCACCCCCCCGGUGCGGCACCCCAAUCCCAGGAACAACCGUACAACUAUGGAGCGCCAGGCCCAGGGACCGAGCAAUACGCCCCGCGGCCGCGGAGAGCCGAUGAUAAUGUGAGUGCCCUGUCGGGCUCCACUUUACCCACUGAUCACCACACGGACGAUGCCUUAUCACGCCAACUAGCCAAAUCAAAGUCCGUACAGCGAUCCAGCAGUCAUAGCCCACCUCCUUCGUCGAAAUCUGUUUCUUUCAACCUGGAUUCGGAGGACAACCAGCUCGAAGAUCGUGGCUACGAGACUGACGAUAGUCAAUCGAUAAUCAGUAACGGACGCCAUUCUCAUCGCCAUAGACUCCAACGCCGACGCUCGUCUUCUGUGCCUUAUUCGCCUGUAUCCGAUUCUGCUUCUGCUUCUGCUUCCUUUACCCAUCCCCGUGGUCACCGCCACCGUCAUAAACACCACUCUCAUCACAAUUCAUCAGCACGUCAAAACUAUUACAAAAAACCAGAGCAGGACUCCUCCAACUCGACGAUUGAGCUACCCGAGCGAUUUGAUAGACAUGGUCAUCGUCUCCUAAAAGAAAAAGAGGAUGACCCGGCCACUGCAAAGAUCGAAGAUUUUAUCAAUCGGGUUGCAAAGGUCUUGUUUUAA